AUGUACACCAGAGUCUACCGCGUGAAGCUUGUUCUUCGCGCACCAACAACAUCGUCGACACUUUCGAAUGCUUCUGUAGACCUCAUGCGGAAACAGCUAUCUUAUCUUAAAUUCGUUUUGAGCGCAAGUCUUGUGGACGAUCGAAGAAUCGCCGUGUAUAAAAUGAGCCAUCUGCGAAAUACUAGACCUAGAGACCCAUCUUGGAUCCUACCCAGUAUCGACAUGAAAUUCUUCGCUCUUACCUACUACGCCAUCAUUGCCGCCCUCCUCGCGGUCGUAGGCAACGCCAGUCCCACCCCGGCCGCUGAAGGUGAAGGUACUACUCCUGCUACAUUCCUCACCUGCAACGCCGAAUUAGACCACUGGUUGAGAUCGUCUCGGAGGGUGGCAAGGCUCCCAACCCACUCGCUGCACGUUGAGCAUUGGACACCACCGUCGUGUACGGCAACAUCAACAAUAAUAACCGCUGUCAGGGGUACUGUCAUGUGUGCACAGGCAGCGGGGCGUGUAUCAACAUUUCACCAGACACUACUUGCCUAUUCACUACGAACACCGUGA